CCUCUCUCUCUCUCUCCCUCCCUCUCUAUUCCCCUCUGUCUCUCUCUCUCUCGCCCCCUCCCUUUCACCCACUCACUCUCACUGUCUCUCUCCUACUCAUACUGUUUCUGUGCCCCAUCUCUCUACUUUCUCCGUCAAGAUAUCUGUGUCAUUCCAGACCAGAUAUUAAUUGUAGCGUUUUGGACUCAUUGAAAGACCAGUCCAAUAUGGAAGGGUGAUGGGACUGCUGCACAAUUUAGGGACCACCUGAUGGGAUUACAAGACUCUUCCCCUGUUGCCAGUGUUCUUUGGACACCUCAAUUCUUUUUCUACAGACAGAAAGUUGUUGGUUAGUGCUCUCUGCAGUGAAACGAAGUUUCUUGGUGUAUUUGGGACCCUAUUUGGAGCUGACUUUCUAGUUAUCCCUCUUCAUGUUUUUUUUUAUUUUAAGAGUGUCUUGAUUGGCAUUUCCUAUUUAGGAAUGUGUUUAACUCAAGUGAGAUGAUUAUCUGGCUGGCUCCCUGGUCCGUCGCCAAGCAAAGCAAGCCUCAAACUCUGCCGCGGAUCUGCAUAGCUGACAAAUAUUAGCCAUAAAUUCAGCAUUACUUUGGUCUGCGUUCCCUGAGGCACAGUUUUUUCCUCUCCGGUUUUCCCAGUUGAUGAGAGCACGUCCACACAUUAUACCACACAUGACUGAGGCUCACAGCUUAGCAUAACAAGAAAUCAGACUCUGAUGCGAUUACAUACAGUGCAGUACGUAUGUGGCUACAGCAGCAGCCUACUCCAAACCUGAGUUGAGAAAAAGUCUGUGGGCAAGUGGAGAAAAGCCCCUGCGUAUACUGUAUUUGCACUCAAUCUGUAUUUGCACUUUACCACUGCUGUCAUUGCCACUCAGACUCAGACUCAGACUCAGACUCAGACUCGGUGGCAGACACUCCUGGCUGUUUGGUGUAGUGGAAGUUGCUGAAGUGGAGGUGGACCGUUCAGGGGGGUUCCAUAACCAAUGGGGGCUGUAGAUUUUUGCUGAACUUGACUUGUGUGGUACAACAGAAUGUGGAUUUUUGGCAAAUUCCAGAGAUCAACGGACAUAGCAUCUUCUGUUUCAGCUGUUCCAUCAUUUUUGGAAACAGAGUGAUUUUGUUUUGUUUCCCUCACUAAAUUUGGUCUUUUUACCGGUUUCAUAAUGAAUAAAGGCUUUUCUCGGAAGAUGCAGGUGAACUAUUCAACCAGGAGGCAUUCCUGCAUUGGUUUCGAUGUGGAGAAUGGGCUUUCCGUGGGCCGCAGCCCGCUGGACUCCCAGACCAGUCCUGGAUCCUCUGGGCUGGUGCUGCAGGCCAACUUCCCUCACAGCCAGCGCCGUGAGUCCUUCCUCUACCGCUCCGACUCCGACUUUGACCUCUCGCCAAAGGCCAUGUCACGCAACUCCUCAACCGCCAGUGAGCUGGAAGAGAGUUUGAAGCACUGGGAAGUCAACUGGCUGACUCGGCACGGAGAAGACAUGAUUGUCACACCUUUUGCACAGGUACUGGCGAGUUUGAGGACAGUACGGAGCAACUUUGCUGUCCUGACACAUCAGCAGGAUCGUGUGCCUAGUAGCAAGAGAUCCUCAAGUAGCAACCCGCCGUCCUUAUGCAAGACAACUGUUCCAGAGGAGUCUUUCCAGAAGCUGGCAGUGGAGACCUUGGAGGAGCUGGACUGGUGCCUGGAGCAGCUGGAUACACUAAAGACACGCCACUCCGUCAGCGAGAUGGCCUCCAAUAAGUUCAAAAGGAUGCUCAACAGAGAACUUACACAGUUGUCAGAGACAAGCAAGUCAGGAAACCAGGUGUCUGAGUUUAUUUCCAGCACCUUCCUAGAGAAGCAACACGAUAUGGAGAUCUUGUCCCCACCAAGCAAAGACAAGGACAACAGGAAGUGGCCCCUGAUCAGUGGUGUGAAGAAGCCCAGCCACAGCCCGAGCGUCGCCGCGUUCAGCAUCCCACGCUUCGGGGUCAGCACAGAGCAGGAGGAGCUCCUCUCCAAGGAAUUAGAAGACAUUAACAAAUGGGGUGUAGACAUAUUUAAGAUAUCGGAAUAUUCUGGAAACCGACCACUAACGGUGACCAUGUACUCAAUAUUUCAGGAGAGAGACCUCCUCAAGUCCUUCAAGAUCCCCGCAGACACUUUUAUCACCUUCAUGAUGACCCUGGAGGAGAAUUAUCAUGCAGAUGUUGCUUACCACAACAACAUCCACGCAGCUGACGUGGUCCAGUCCACACACGUGCUUCUCUCCACGCCGGCGCUCGAGGCCGUUUUCACAGACCUUGAGAUUCUUGCCGCUCUGUUCGCCAGUGCCAUACAUGAUGUGGAUCACCCGGGAGUGUCCAAUCAGUUUCUUAUUAACACAAACUCUGAGCUGGCUCUCAUGUACAAUGACUCCUCUGUGCUGGAGAACCACCACCUGGCCGUGGGCUUCAAGCUCUUACAGGAGGAGAACUGCGACAUCUUCCAGAACCUCAGCAAGAAGCAGAGGCAGUCCCUUCGCAAAAUGGUCAUAGAUAUGGUUUUGGCCACAGACAUGUCAAAGCAUAUGAACCUGCUGGCAGACCUGAAGACUAUGGUGGAGACGAAGAAAGUGACAAGUCUGGGUGUGUUGUUACUGGACAACUACUCAGAUCGUAUCCAGGUCCUUCAAAACAUGGUGCACUGCGCUGACCUCAGUAACCCAACCAAACCUCUCGAGCUGUACCGGCAGUGGACAGAUCGUAUUAUGGUAGAGUUUUUCACCCAGGGAGACCGCGAACGGGACAAGGGGAUGGAGAUUAGUCCCAUGUGUGACAAGCACAAUGCUUCCAUUGAGAAAUCACAGGUUGGUUUCAUCGACUACAUUGUACACCCAUUGUGGGAGACGUGGGCGGACCUGGUCCACCCCGACGCCCAGGAGAUACUGGACACGCUGGAGGACAACCGCGAGUGGUACCAAAGCAUGAUCCCCCACAGCCCCUCCCCCACGCCCGAGGAGGAGGAGAAGAGUGCCCUGCCCGGCAUCAGCGGUACUGUGGGGGUGUCCAGCAGCGGCGGCGGCUGCUCCACGGGGGACAAGUUCCAGUUCGAGCUGACCUUGGAGGAGGAAGAGGGCGAAUCAGAUGCUGAAAGUCCGAGCGAGGAUACAGAGUUUGUGGCUGCCAAGCAGCAGGAGUCUUCCAGAACUGAUCACAAAGCAAAGCUGCAGUCUGCCGCGGAGAGCCACCACGCACAGCGCGCCACCGGCACCCUUGCCAGCACGGCUCUAAGCUGCCGGACAUUGUCCUUCGAGAUGGGCAAUCUCUCGGAUAGUGAUGAGGGCAAAGAGGACAGAGGACUUGAGCAAGAAGAAGGGAAAAGUCUGUCGUGCCUCAAGAUGGACACAUAACACCCCCAGUGCACUUUCACGUUCGCUACAUGUUUGUGCUUCCCUCCCCAGCCCCCUUAUCUCCGUCCACCCUGGACAUUCCUAGCUUCCUGGGAAAAAGUGGUACCACAUCAGUUGGAGCGCAAACAAGUGAGAGAUUGCCUUCAAGACAUCUGCACUUAUACACCGUAGUCAUCUUGCACUGGAGUUGGCCUGUUGUCUUCUUGAGACAGGACGUGGAUUUUUAAAAAGCCUUUUGUGUUUUUCUUUUGUGAGUUUUUUUCAAACAUUUUUGCUGUACAAGGCUUACAUUUCACUCAGUCGACGACAACAGCUGAUUGUGAAAAAGCCACAUCAAGGUCUAUUGAACACUGCAAGGAUUUCUGAUGAAAUGUCUUUCCUUGUCAACUUCCUAAAGAAAAGAAAUAAUAACCAGAGAACACCUUCAGAACCUUAACAGUUUUGUACUUGUCAGUAGAAACACCCUUGGUUGAUGAAGACUUUGCACGACUUUGCAUUUUUUUUACAGGUCAGUUUGUAUGUAAACACAGAGAGGGUUUUUAAAACUGAUCACUACACUGCAAACCUAAUAAGCUGCGUGCCUGAUUACAGAAAACAAAACUGAGCAUAACCUUAACCUCAGGACAAGGAGGACAGGUACGGUCAUAUUUUGGCUGCAUAUUUUGCCUCUCUAACACUCAAGUUAGUGCUGUCUUGCAAUUGUGAUUAUCACAGUUUACCAAGUAGCCAAUGUCUGUGAUAGAGCUUUACUGUGUGUCUGGCGCCACCCAGUGUUUCAGAAUGGAACUUCCCAUUGAUAUACAACUGAAAAUAAAACUUCUGCAGAGAGAGUAAAUGGACACUUUUGCACAUUGUGCAAAGGCCUGGGUUAAGUCAACAUACAAGCCAAAUGUGUGUGUAAUAUUAAGCACGUCACAGUAUUUGUAUGAUUCUAUUUUUUUUAUUUCAUCUUGUCAGUCAGAUGCUUUUUCUUUCUCUGUUGGUGCACUCCGGUUUUACCACCAUGUAAUCAGUCAGUAUAACUCUUUGUGUAGCACUUAACAUCUUUAUUAAUUGCCAAAUGUCACCCUGUUUGAUAGGGCUGGAGCCAAAUUACAAUUGCAUACGGUGCCAACGAUUACAAUUACCCUAGAUGUACGGAUAACCAGCAACCCUCACACAUCGUACAAUAUUAGCAUUAAGUUCUUUUUUGUAGAGUCCUGGAUGAGUGUGUGCUCUUUUGUAAGAAAUAGUGGAUGGGGUUAGUGUUGAUAAAUUCCAUAUUUUAAACCAGUUGGAUGAGUUUCACCUUUCUAUCGGUUCCAUGGCUUUGUUUAAGUUGAUGGUGUUCAGUUUCUUACAUUGCCUCUGUUUGGGUGUUAUUGGGAAACUCGAAAGAGAUUCAAACAGUUCUGUGGAUAAAUUUAACUGGCGUUUGCAUUAAGCCAAAGGCUGUUGCCAGAGCCAGACUUUUUUUUUCUUUUCCUUUUGGCCGUUGAUCAAUACUCUGCUUUUCACUGGGACAUAGCCAAUGACAGUGCAAGUGCCAAGCAAGCAUGACACAAACUGUACUGUCGUUUCCAUUUUGCCACUGGCUAGUUUCCAUCAAUGACUGCAAUGCUGAUAAUAUCUGCGUGUUCAAAUUAUAUUUGACCUCUUUUUUUCUACAACCACAUACCUUAAUUGUUUACACAAUUAGGUCUACAUUUAACUUCAGAUUAAACUGACAAAAACAUUCAGUAUUUGCAUAGCAGUCCUGAUAAUGCUUACUAAAGCUCAAUAAGGCUAAUUAAGAAGUUUUUUUUUUCAUCUGAGUCACACAUUAAGUUUGACACUGUUGAAGCAGAGAAAGAUAAAUCUUAAAAUUAGAGAGUUCCAAUUGUGGAAAAUAAUGUGAACAAAAAUUGUUCUAUUAAGGUUUUUGUCUUAAUCUUAUAUCUCAUCAAUGUAAAUAUAAGCCUUGAAUGAUCAUUGCAGCCCUUAACUGCAGCACUGUGGGAUUUCCAGUAUUUUAAAGUCUGAAACUGAGCUCUGAAUAUGUUGUGAAAGGGAUAUCCUUGAUUCUUUUUCCGUUAAAAUUUCUGUCUGCUGUUGAUUAUUUUGUAUAUCCUAACCACUCUGAUACUAUUAAGUAUUUAUUCUUUUUUAUAUACAGAACUGUCCAAUUAUACAGUUGACGUGUGUAGAAUUGGAUGCUAAGAAUCCAGUCAUGGGCCAAAAUAAGGCAGAAUUUUACAGCUCCACCAAAUUGUUUUGUCCCUUGGUCGCCCUUGCAGUUUCAUUCAGGACAGUUUUGGAGGGAUGCUCCAGUAGAACAACACAAACUUUCAUUAAUUGCUGUUCCCAUUCUUUACCCCAUUGAAGAUCUGCUGCAGUCUUGACAAUCCAAAUACAAACUGUUGUUUACUAUGUUGGUAAUUUAUGUUACUGUACUCGUUCUUCUAUGCCAAUAAAACCAGAGUCUUUAUGCACAGUA